GGGGCGGCGGGGCCGAGCCCCAUCCCGGGCCGCUGUGCUGGUGAGAUGGCUGCGGGUGCCGGGCACUGAGAAGGCAGUCAGGUAUUUUUGAACGGACUUCUUUCGUGGAAUACUGAGAUUGGAAAAAUCAUGGAUGUGUACACCAGGCCUCAGGGCAGUCGAAUGAAACCAAGAAUAUCUGUGAAAAAGAGUUUUGGUGAAGGUCUGAUGCAUUCUAUGAAGUCACUGCUACAUAGCAGAAAAGAAUUAUGCAGUGUAUCAUCAGCGGAGUGCCUAAGUCGGGAAGAACAAGAGAACUUUUUUGAGAUUACCUUCAUAGGUUUUGCUGAAGAGAUGGGUGCUGCUCAUCUGCAGGAGUUGGCAGCUGUUUCUGUAGAACUUCCAGAUGCUCUGAAAUCACUCCAGUUGUGUAAACUAAAAGAAAAUGAAGUGAUAUUUCUAAAAGAUGUAAAGAAAACAUUGGUAAAACCUCACAUCAUGAAACAGAAUCAACUUCCUGAAGUGUUUUGUGUGAUGAGACUGUCUCCUUCAUUCCCAAGGAUCAAAGUUGAUUACGUAUUUACCUUGCUGAGCAAGUAUACUGCAGGCAUAAGAUACGCAGUGGAAAGAAACUCAUCACAAAAACAUCAAGCAGAGACAUCCCAUGGAGAAGAUGAUGACACUAAUCAGUCGGUUUCUUCAAUUGAGGAUGAUUUUGUCACUGCUUUUGAACACUUGGAUGAGGAUGACCCUUCAAAGAUACAAAGUGCUGGUGCAAGCAACUUUACGUCUCGCAACCAUCGAGAUGCUGCCUCACAGACCAUCCCUGCUCAAUGUGUAGAAGCUGGUGACUCAAAGAUCCUUGUUGGUUCUGCACAACGAAAGUCAUCUGCCAGAUCUUCUACUUUGAUUGAUAUGUUAGGACUUAAGGAAUUGUCUUCAGUAAAAAACUCAGUUACAACCUCAAUUUCUGAUCCUUGGAUACAAAGGAGUUUCUAUAAGCCAUAUAACCCUUCUGAUCAAGGAGUUAAUUUUUUAUGUAAAACAUUGUUUUCUUCCUCCCCAGCUGAAUCCUCUGAGUCCAAUUGCUCUAGCCCAAGCCCUAUCAUCUUCUUAGAUGAGGAAGGGUAUCAAAAAAGCUUGAAGGCAAAGCUUCAGCUGCCAAAAAUUCCAGUAGUGAAAGAUGGUAUAGAGGAUUCAGACUCAGAAGUGAGCGAAUUUUUUGAUAGUUUUGAUCAAUUUGAUGAGCUGGAACAAGCCUUAGAAAACUCUUGUAAAGUUAUUAGGGAUCCCAUUGUAGGGAAUCCCUCCCAGAAAAGGAGGACUACACAUGAGCAAUUGUCUUCAAGCAUUGCAAUGAAUCCUCAGAAAUUCAAGUUUGAUCGUCCCACUCUCCCAGCCAACGUAAUGAAACCAACUCCUCGUAAACCAGAAUCGCCGUACAGCAGCGUCUUUGAUGUCCCAGAUUCUCCUCGCCCGGUUAAAACAUCAGGGGAAGAGAACGGAGCCUUUUUCAGCCCUAUUAGGUCGUCAGCAUUCAGUCCCCUAGGGAGCUGUGGUUCUUCUGAAUGUUUAUGUCGAAUUCAUCUUGGUGGAGAUGGGACAGGUCAAAAUCACCACGGUGCAGUUUCUAAUUAUUCUUCCUAUGCUGACAGAGUUUCAUGUGAAAUACUGGGUUCUGUUUUUCAUUCCGAGUCCUCACCAGAACAAGGAUGUGCAGGAAACAAUUCAAAACACAAAGUAUUUACUUUGAAAGAGAAAAAACGUCAAGGUGCAGAUCUCAAACUGAAAACUUGUAAGGAGCCGGAUGAAAACACAAGAUCUAAACAGAAGUCAUCAACGAUCAGAGAUAGCAUUCAAAAAUUUGCAAGUGAAUUAGUUGAGAAAAGUUUUGGCAGUGCAUUUAAAGACUUGCAAAAAGGUGUUUCUUCGUGCACCAAUGCACUUUGCCAUUUGGCUGCUAGGUUGACUUCUUCAGUCUUUCAAAUGGCUUUUUAUGAGAUCGGAAGGCGCAGAGCGAUCGCCCUGAAGGAGCGAGCCAUUAAUGGCAUAGCAAACUUUUUGGUGAGUGAAGCUCUAACUGGUGCUUUGAAAGAGCUGCGGCACGUGAAGAAACAAAUCUUUACCAACACCGUUGCAAGGUUUGCAGCAGACCUUGCUGAAGAACUUGUGUUUGAGGGAAUCAUGGAAGUAUGCCAGUUUUCGUACCCAUCAACACCUACAGCUGCACAGCCCUCGUCGUUUGAUUAUGAAGACAAAGUGGUAAGGUCUUAUGCCAGAGAUUUGUCUGAAUCUGUCAUUCAAGAGGCUUUUAUUGAACUAUCUCAGGUUGAUGUGACUUUCACAACACAAGCAGCCAUUAGUGUAUCCACGGACAACAUUAAAUAUAUGAGUGCAGAAAGUAUGUUAGAGUCAACACAGACUUCCACAGUUUCUCCCAGUUUUAACAAUAGGGUAACUCUGAAGCCAAUCCAAGAUAACAAAAAGGAUUACACAGUACAGCAAGCUCUGUUUUGCACGUCUGGUGUUGUAAGUUCAAUACCUGUACCCUUAGCUGGAAGAGCUCUUUGUCGACAUCAGGUUUCCUCUGAUACUUGCACAGCAAACAUAUCCACUGCUCCAAAUUCAGAUGACAAUAUGAAAGUAUAUCAAGACUCCAUCCAGCCAUUCUUCACAAGCAGAAAGAGAGAGGAGGAAAUUGGUUCUUUAAGAAAUGUAUACCUACCUUCAGAUCACAGCCAAAGUAUUGAAAGUACUCUGUCGUUCUUACUCAACCAAAAUGAUACCAAACAAACAAAUAACAGAUCUGGAGCAAACAAUAAUUCAGAGUUAACAAGUGAAUCAAAAGGCAUUAGUACUUUCUCUGGGACUAUGGUAGAUAUGAUAGUAAACGAAGCUUACGAAGCCAUAACCUCAUCUAGAGUAACAAAAGCAGUAGAAGAGUACACAGAUUGUGUAACAAGAAAAGGAAUAGAUAAAAAACCUUAUAUGCAAUGUAUUGGUGAAGAUUUUCCCAAGAAUAUGUUUGCAGAUGAUGUGGUCAGUUGCAUCAUAAACCAGUCUAUAGAUGAAAGUAAAAGUGUGUUAUGCAGCACUGGUGGUAAUUUGCCAUGCAAUGUGAGCUCACAGACGUACACGGAUAAUGGUAGAAAAGAGCAAUGUGUGGUCAAGAAGCAAGAGGCUGAGAAACAAAGUCAUGUUUCUGUAAUUAUGGAAAGACAGAUGCCUUUGAAUAAUCCAUGUAAAUUUCUUCUUACUCCAGCUCAUUCAGUUCAGUCUUUUUCAGAAUCCAAAGGCUGUUGGCAGGAAGAAAAAGGACACAGUUUUCCUUUAAAAUCACCACCACCUCGUUCCACUGUUGCUUUUGCUGGGCGUGUUCUGGAGGACUUAACUGACACAGGAAGCUGCUCCAUAACAAACAAGUUCUCCAAAGACCAUGAUACUGAGAAACCAUCAUCAGGACCUUUGUCUUACAGGCAUGCAGAUUUUCUGCAUGCAAAUAAUGUUCCUUCAGUGAUGUUUGGCAGUGAAGAUGCCUUGCAGGUGGAAGAUAAAUCAGGACUCAAAGAUGGAAAUGCCUGUGUAAUGCCUGAUACACCCCCACCGACUCCUUUAGUACCAUGCCAAGGUAGUUCUGAAAGAAACCUUAGAAAACUAUCUAAAAAACUCAAGGGAGAGUUAGCAAAGGAAUUUUCACCUGCAACCCCACCUUCUACACCGUACAAUCCAUCUGCUGCUGGUUUGUCUGAAGCCGAAUGUGACGCUUUAGAAAAUGAGGAAUUUAUGUUGAAACUCAUGCGGUCCCUUUCUGAAGAAGUGGAAAGUAGUGAAGAUGAAGAUCAUUCUGUAAUGCCCAUUGAGAAAGAGGAACAUUCAGAGAAAACAGUUCAGUAUGCAGAUUGCUUAGCUAGCAGUAUAAUUUCAGUAGCGACUGGAGUGGCUGCUUCUCAUUUAGAUGGUAAAACAAAUGAAGCUGCUAGGCAGGUUCGUUUAGGUGUACGAAACAAAGGAUGCGGAUAUACUGCAUUUAUAAGUAGCCCAGAAAAGAUGUCCAGUCCUGUAUGGAAUUAUGCAGGUGAUAUGGCAGGAAAAGUCAUCAGUGAGGCCAAGAAAAUUGUGAAAUCAAGGCAUUGUAAACUGUUGAGGUUGAAGCAGGCUAAUUGUCAGGUGGAUUGUCUUUAUCUGAGAAAAGGUGAUCAUAGCUCAAAAGAAGAGUGUGGUCCGGUACCAGACCAGGGGCUGGGAGAGAGAGAUUCAGCUGUACUUCCUUUACCACAAGGUUCAGGCAUGACAGGUUUGACUUCCAAAUAUCCAAGCUGUGAAAGUGUGACUGAUGAAUAUGCAGAUCAUAUUAUUCGAGUUCUGAAAAGAGAAGGUGGUAAUGCUGAACUGUUAAUGGAUCAGUAUGCUAGCAGACUUGCUUACAGGUCUAUCAAAUCAGGCUUACAGCAAGCUGCUAGAAAAACCAAAUUGAGAUACAACAGAAAGACAUUUCCUGGGCAAAAUGCACAGGUGAAUGGUAAGAUGGAGCUGAUCACAUCAGUGAGUAAAGAUGCAGUACAGCAAGUGAAAAGUGGCAUUCAUGGCUAUGAAGACCAAAGGUCUGAAAGGAGCGUCGGGAUGCAAAGAUCAGAACGUGCAGAGUUGUUAAACUUUUCAGAAUCCCUUGCUCGCCGCAUCACUUCUGAUGUCAGGAGGAAACUGCAAAUGUCAGGAGCGUGUUUACCAAAGUCUCUAACAGAUUCCUGUCUGUAUAAAAAGACUGAGUUUGAUGAAGGCACAGGGGACCUUCUUAAAACGAGGUUUUCUCGGACAGUUCUUCCUCUCACCCCAGAUCAUAAACUGUAUCAUAGUACAGGCAGUUUAAAUGAAAGUGGCUACAGUGAAGGCGUAAUUCAAGCCAUAGAACAGUAUGCUAGGAAAGUGGCAGAUGAUACUCUAGAAAUGGGUUUAGAGUCAGCUGUUCUCCACGUGGCUGAACACAGAAAAAAUGGGGAUAGAUUCUCAUACACUGAGAAACUGUCUCCUUUCUCUGGAACCGUCUGUAGAUGCUGCAGUAUGAAGGAACAUCGGUACUGUACAGAAACUACAUCUCAUUAUCUACCCACACCAGAAUCCUCUGUUCCAGUGAGGCAUGUUCUGCAUUCUGGAUUGAAUGGUGCCUGUCAAAAACCAAGAGUGUUUCAGCUAGAUAUCCCUAAAAUUCAUGUGGAUGUAGAACAGAAGACAGUGUUUUCUGACAAGGGGGCCACCGCAGCUGCGGAGAAAACAGGAGAGAUCAGUUACGCGAGUCUGACAGCUGACAGUGGGAUUGGACAAGAAGGAGUCAGCUUUGCUGAAAGCCUUACUACUGAAAUAAUGACAUCAGCUAUGACUAAUAUUGGUCAGGCAGUUAACACGAGCUCGGUUGGAAGAGAAGGAUUUCACUCUGUGGAAUCUAUUGUUAGCCAGCAGAUGAGUCUUAGUAUUGGUGAUGAUAGCACUGGGAGUUGGUCCAAUCUAAGUUUUGAAGAUGAACAUCCUGAUGAGAGCAGCAGUUUUCUUCACCUCAGUGACAGUUCAGCUGUGUUCUCUUCUUCUCCUGGCAGUAAUGGUAACAGCAGUAGCUGGAGCAGUCUUGGUUUAGAAGGGGAUAUGUAUGAGGAGAAUUUAUCCUUUCCAACAUCAGACAGUGAUGGAACAGAAGAUAAAGACGAAGAUCCCAAGGAUGCUCUAGAAGGUUUGGAGCAACUACGGAAGGCUGUAGCAAUAACAAAUAUUGAUCUGGAACCGAAUCUAGUGGACCCCCAGCUCAGAGCAGUGCUCCAGUGGCUAGCAGCUUCUGAAACAGAGGUGUCUGAUCUUCACUUUCAUGACACUGCUACAAGGGAAUUUGUCUUUCUUUCCAGAAGACUGCAAGAAAGAGGUUGGAAAGUCGGAGAUCUCUUGCAAGCAGUGCUGAAAUAUUGUGAAAUGGUAGAGAAAGCAUCUGAUGGAGAGCAAGUUCUAAAUCAGCCUUUGGUUGGAUGGCUUCUGGAGAACAUAUGAUAAAUCCGAAGGUGCAACACUCUUCUCUUCACUCCUCUUGUGAGAGAUGCUUUCACGGCAAGUGAAAUCCAGCUAAUGAAUGUACAUGUAACUGUCAGCAUUUCAAAGGCUUUGAGGUGAAAGUCGAAAUAGCUGUGCUGUGCUUUGUGAUACUGUGCACAUGGUAUGUUUAGUCAGCCCAUAAUCGGUGUUGUCCACCCACACAGAACUUGUAUUCACUGCUGUGUUCAGACCAUUGAAAUAUUUAUGAAACCCUCCCUUGUCUAUAAUAGUAGUUCAGAGGAGCCAGUCUCGGGCGUGAUAGCCAGGAUCCCUGCUGUGCCAGUGUAGCUCUUCCUACUUGUACGUGUGCUGUGUUCACAGUAGGACUGAGGGCACUGAUGUUCUGCAGAAAUCUCUUCUGGAAUACCUUGCUGCAGACAAUGGUAAAAAUUGCUGGCAUCAGCCAGGUGUUAUGUGCCUGAGGGCACCAUGACCAGGCAGAAAAUUGCCCACGCAGCCCCUUCAUACAAUCUGGCGUCAUAGCUACCUUUAUCAGGUUUAACUUUAUGUGACAAUGUGAGAGUCUGCUCUAAAACCAUCGAGGUGCAAAUAGAUAUUCCUUUCUGUUGGCUACUGUAGAUAUGGUAACUCCUGGUAGAAGGGCAGAGCGGGUAGCUGAGCAUAAUUUCAUACAUAAAUUCUUCAGCAAGGUUUCCUGAAGCUUUCUAACCCAAGUUUAAACUGCUAAAUUUCAUACCGCAGCUUUUUGUAUGCAGAUACCUCUCUGACGUUAAGUAUGUAUCAAAGAAUUUGUAUGUUAGUCUCUCACAAUAGAUGUGUUAAAAGUAACAGACUUCUGCUUUUUCUGAGGAUUUUGGUCGUCUUUUUGACUAGUCUAAUUCUUUAUUUCUUAGCCUUCCAUACACCAAUUUUCAGUAACGACAAUUUUGUUACUCAGUGAGCACUUAAGCAUUAGAGCAAAGAAAGCUAAUCAAAAGCUAAUGAAAACAUAAAGGGGAGAUGUCUUGCAAGUUGAUUUUCCAUUUUCCUUAACUGUUUAAUAAGCAAACCAAAAAAAAAAGCCAACCCCCCAGCAACACACAUUCCGAGACUAAUCAGGUCUCUCACAAACGGUAUCAGAUUUUAACCAUUGCAUUUUCUGAGGUAACUUUUUGUCUGGGACCUUUUCCAUAAGGAGCCACAUACUGUUGGAGGUGGGAACACAGUAAGUAGUAAACACUGUCACCAGCACAAGCCCCCUGAUUUUUACACAGUUGAUUAGCAAAGAGAAAAACAAGAUUCAGGAAUGAUUUUAGUGGAAGAAUUUUGGCUUUUCAGUGAGAGCCACUACUGUCAAGCAUUUACUUUACUUGAGCUCUCAAGAGGCAAGAGCAGAGCCCAGCCACUGUAGUCACUUUAUUUUGUACCAUCUUUGUACAUUCCUGUUGUAUAGCUGGAGUUAAAGUUUUAGAGGGCCUUUGUUUUGUUGUACUGUCUGAAUAGUAUUUAAUACUAAAUUCUAUUGUAAUUUGCUGGAACUGCUGCUUAUUUGUGCAGUGUUACAGUAACUCACAGCUCAGUUAGUGAUGCAGUUGUAUACCAAAAGCAGUUUGAAUAACUAUAAAUGUUUAUCUAACUGUACUCAAUGAAUAUGAAGGUUGUGUACUGUACAAUGGUGAUGAGUUUUGCCAUUUUAGUAAUUUUAAAACAUUCAGUUUUCAGAUGAUGAACUCCAGGUUGCACUAUAUUUGUCCUUGUUUUAGCAGUGGCUUAAAAUAAAAACACAUUUCACUGGC